CUGAAAACAAAUUUUACAAGUUGUUUAUCGUCCUUAAGUGGCACUUCAUGAAGGGUCGACCCUCAUAAAAGAGAAAAUGUAUUUGUUAUUCAUCAAUGCUUUUGCCAAAUGUGUUGGCGAAAUAAUUUUUUGAUUACAUUUUUGUUGCUGUGUGCUUACUUUACAAAAUCUUGACAAGUUAAAUACCCCACAACCCCUACACUUCCUCUAUAUCUUAUCUGAUCAAGUUUCAUCAGAUUAUAUGCAUGUUUCGCUGAUUCAUUACUUUCAUUAUGGCUGAUAACAAGUUUCUGGUUUUCCUUUAAGAUCUGAGCUUCUGUUUUCUGUAAUCUUAGUAAAAUGGCAUCAAUCGAAGAGAAACGUUCAGAUUUCAUACCAACUUCAGAUGACAAAUGCUCUCAUUGCAAAGGUCAUAAUGGAGUCAAUCUGUCUGAUAGGACUAAACUUUUCCUGCUGGUUUUGUCCGUCUCCGUUUCAUUUUUUCUUGGAAGUCUGAGCGCUUUUAGGAUGAAUUUGUCUUCAUCAGAUCCUGACAGAGAACUGAUGGAAAACUACAGCAGCAUUCAAGAGAAUCUCUCUUCUUAUCAUGCUCAGUCUUGGAAUCUCUCGGUGGAUGGCUGGACAGUUUGUCGGACUCAUGGGAUGAUUUACUUCAGCAAUGAUGAACGAGACUGGUCAAGCAGUCGUGAUGUGUGUGUUUCAAUCGGAGCUGACCUGGUUACCAUAACCAGCCAAACACAACAGGACUUCCUGGUGUCUAAAAUUAAAGAGACUCACUGGAUCGGUCUUAAUGAUCUGGAGACUGAAGGUCGAUGGGUUUGGGUGAAUAACAAAACUCUUGAAGAGACCGGAGUAAAGUUCUGGUACGAGAGGGAAUCUGGGAAAAGUGAACCUGAUAACUGGAAGGUGAUGGAUCCAUCCGGAGAAAACUGUGCCAGUCUGGGAGAUGGCAACGGCAAUCUACACACUUGGUUUGAUGGUUCUUGCAAAGACCUGAGGAGGUUUAUCUGUGAAAAUAAAUAAUUUACUUUCACAUACAUGAUAUUAAAGAGGUCUGCUUUUCUGAUGAACACAAAAGAAGAUAUUUUGAUAAAUGAUGGUAAGCACACAUUUAACGGUACCCACUGAAUUUCAUCGUAUUUGUUUUUCCUACUAUUGAAGUCAAUGGUUACAAUCAGCUGUGUGCUCAACAUCAUUUUUAAAAAUAUCUUCUUUUGUGUUAAUAAAUUCAUACAGAUGUAGGAGGAAAAAUGAUGACAGAAUUAAAAUUUUUGGGUGAACUAUCCCUUUAAAGCUGCGAGCACUGAUGCAUGGGAGCCCUGCCCCUUUGAUGGGCCCCGACAUACAUUAAAUUAAUAUUUAUUUGAAUUAUAACUGAACUUCAAUUGUUAAUCUUUGCAGUGAGGGAAAUUCUCCUUUAAUUUAUAUGUGUAGAGAAUAAUUGAUGGCAGGCCAUUGAAUUAUUUAAAAAUAAUUCAAAGGACUGGAGUUAACUAUUCCUCUUAUAUCAGGUAUUUUGUAUAAUACAAUGUGUUUGCGUAGUUUAUGAGUAAAAACACAUUAUUUUCAUACCGUACAUUUUUCUAGCUCCAGAUUUCACUCUCUUCCUGAAACGCACAGAUUUGA